AUGAGAUUAACUGUCGACACUGGGUCAGCGGCUUCGUUACUGCGUCAUGAUGUAUACAAGGUCAAUUUUGAGCGGAAGUACCCGUUAGCACCACCGCCGCGCAAGCUGGUGAACUACAGUAAUCAGAAGAUAUCUGUUUCUGGUUGCUUCGAAGCUAAAGUUGCGUUCUCUGACAAAGUGGGGACGAUUUUGUUCUAUGUUGUACCAAGGGGAACAACCUUGCUGGGACGUGCUGCCGUCCGGGUGUUGAACAUAUGCAUUGAGGGCAAGUCGUUGCAGUGUUUGAGUAUCGACGGGUCUAAUGAGAGUGUCUUGCCGCCAGAUAUAAGAAGAGAGUUCGGACAGUUGGUUGAGAAACGAAUUGGUUUUGCAAAAAGAUUUACGCAUAAAGUGCAUGUGAAGGCUGAUGUCAAACCUGUAGCACAGAAGUUGCGUCGGCUACCGCUGGCGUUGACAGACAGGGUGUCCAAAGAACUGAAUAAGCUCGAAAGUGAAGGCAUCAUUGAAAGGGUUGAUGCAAAGCCGUGGGUGUCACCAAUUGUGGUGGUUCAGAAGCGCGACGGUAACAUUCGACUGUGUGUCGAUCUGAGGGAGCCCAACAGCUGA